AACUUUCUACGCAACAAUGGUUGAUUCCUCUGACGUCAUAAUGAUCCGGUUCAUUCAGUGCUGCGGUUCCGAGGCAGAGAACGGUUCUUUCCGAUCCUCUCUCGGUCCGUGAACGCCUCGCAGACAACGCGCGCCCUGGCGCUCAUUAGACCUGAUUGAAGUCACCUGGAGGCGCGCGCGGCCGCUUUAGCGGAAGUCACUGAGGUCAGGAACUGUUCCGUGCACGUGGAGCGCCGUUCGGUUCGGCGGGAUGCAGAAAGGCCUGAAGAAGUACUUCGUGAACAUGGACGAGUACCUGUCCAGUCUGGGUCUGUACCGGAAGAUGGUCGCGCGGGACGCGUCCAGCCUGUUCCGGGCCGUGUCCGAGCAGCUCUACUUCUCCCAGAACUACCAUCAGAAGAUACGACUGGACUGCGCGAGCUUCAUGCGGGCCAACAGGUGCAACUUUGAGCCGUUUGUGGAGGGUUCCUUUGAGAAGUACCUGGAGCGUCUGGAGGAUCCCAAGGAGACGGUGGGUCAGGUGGAGAUUAAAGCUCUGUCUCAGCUCUAUAGGCGGUGCUUCCUGAUCUACCGUUACCCCGGGAAACCGGCCACAGUCAUCUCAGAGAACGACUUUGAGGACAAGGUAACCCUGUGCUGCUCCAUCAAUGGUCACUAUGACAUCAUCUAUGGGCGGAGCUACCCAGCCUCAGCAGCACUGUGCCAGUCUCUGCUCUACGAGCUGCUGUACACUCAGGUGUUUGGCGUGGAGGGGGCGGAGCUCUGGCAGGCCAUGGAGGCCUUCAGAGCCGGAGGUCGUCGCUACAGAAACAGCCUGUCUGUGUGCAGCGAUGUUGACGUGGUCUACGACGCACCUGAGGACCGGGUGCUCAGGGACGAGGCGGAGGUGGGCGGAGCAGCAGAGGAGACCAAGCCGCCUGCUGAGGCUCCGCCCACCUCCAGACUCUGUUUGCCCUACAAGGUCCUGAAGUCUCUGGACGGUGACGUCUACAGGAACCUGGAGUUUGACGUGUGGCAGGACACCUGCAAAGAGAUGCAGAAGACGGACUACAUGGUGUUCGCGGGUCGACAGUACUUUCUCGGAGACAAGUGCCAGGUCCGCCUGGAGCCCAAAGGGAAAUUCUACAACGCCUUCAUCCAGGAAGUGGGAACCCACUCGACUGCUGUCACUGUGUUCAUCGAGGAGCUGGGAGAGAAACACCUGGUUCCGCUGACGGAUCUGAAACCAGUCAACCCAGUGCCUGCCUGGAACGUGGCGGCACCGGCCAGGAAAGGAGAUCCUGACCCAGAGCCUCGAGGUCAGCGCCAUCACCGCCAUCGUUACUUCAGGAAGUCCCGCGGGAGCAGCGGGGCAAAGGGGGCGGAGCUACUGAUGCCACCGCCCAUCUCCUAUGGAGGCCCUGCCCUCUCACCUCUCCCUCCCCGCUUCCAACCUGUGGGUCACCCUCGCCCACCCCUCCCCCCGUCACCAGGCGCCAUGACCUAUGACCCCUACGCCUCCCCACACCACCACCCCCCUGCAGCGAGAGCCCCACGCUACGGCGUGUCGAGUCCUGCUCGGUUCCUGAACCGUCAGCUGAUUGGUCCACAGCUGACCUAUUACCACCCAGGCAGAAGAUAUUACCAUGACUACGAGAACUACGCCUUCCGGUCCCGCCGCAGUCGGCGCCACCUGCUGGCCGUCAGUAAGGAAUGUCAGUUCGGGUUUCCCACCGAGGCGGUGGAGGAAGCGGCCGACCUCGACUCGCCCAUGACCUUCUACCAGCUGGAGGACGCCGGCGAUGCCGUCUUUCCCCCCCUGCAGGGCCCUGCUGUGGCUCCGCCCAGUGGGACCCCUUCACCGCCCUCUGGCUCCUCCUACCGGGUGCAGCGGGCUGCGGCAAGCCGCCCGCCGGCCUCCCCGCCCGACGCCACGCCUCCCUGCUCCUCGGAGGACGACCAGGCGGACGCCAGCACCGUGGAGGACCAGGUCGAGUACGCGGAGGAGUACGUGUUCGGCGCACCGGAUCAGAGCUACCAGAUGCCAGGUGUCUACACAGCCGAUGAACCCACCGCUACUCAGGACGAACAGGAAAGGGGUCUCACCAACUCUCCAAGCAGAUCAGACAGAUCCUACAGCUACACUCCUCAGGUGGUGAAGCCGCUGCCCGUCAUCUGCUCCUCCCCAUCCUCCUCCUCUUCCUCGCCUCCCUCGCCGUCUCGGGUUCCGGCCGCCCCUCACCUGCCGCCGGCCGCACACGCUCAGACUCGCCCAGUUUCCAUGACGAUAUCCGCUGCUGCUCCCUGGUUGGUCAGCGAGUCGGGCGAGCCGCUGUGCACCGUGCUGGCUCCGCCCCCUUACUCCUACGACCCAAACGGCAGCGACUUACCCAGAGACUGCAGGGUCAUCCAGUACUACUACAACCUGGGAGUGCAGGUGAGUAACUGGGGGCAACUGAGUGGUUCCACCAGAGCUGCUGGCAGCAGCAGCAGGCCUACCCCCCCCCCACCUCGCCGGAGCUGGCCUACCCCUACCAGCACUACCCCCCCUACCCGGGCCAGGAGCCCACCCCCCACGCGGCCCCCACUUCCUUCCCUGAGAGCGGCCGGGCCCAGCAGCCCCCCUCCUCCUACCCAGAAUCCUCCAGGGCAUCGGACGGCCAGGCCAGCGGCCCCGCCUCCUCAGCAGAAGGCCCCGCCUCCAUCGUCACCCCAGCUUCUCCAGGCUCCGCCCCCUCAGGACUGCUGUACCAGGAUCAGACUGCCCUUCCUGCCCCUACUCUGCUGCACCUGCCGUUUGAAGCUCCGCCCCCUGCUGGCUACCUGCCAGCAGCGCCUCACCCUCCUCUUCCUCACCCGGCCCACCUGCCCCACUCCUCUUACCAUCCUUGUGUUCCUGCCCACUGGGGGGCGCUGUCGACUUCAGGCCACGCCCCCCGGGUCUACUGUCCCGCCCCCAGUCCUCAUGUGGUCGGCUACAUUACUGCCCCCCACCCUCACCACACCCCCAUGCACUACGUGCCCCCCUCCAUCUGAACGUUAGCUUGUGGCUAACAGCUCCCUUUAUUUUCAAUGGGCAGCGCUAGCUGGUUCAGGUUCAAAACUUGAGUUCAAACUAAAAUCAGUCACAUGACUGAGAUGUGCUAGGCUAGCAGCUAGCUGACAGCUAACUGCUAGCAUGGUUUUCUCCAACAUGUCUGCCACAGUCAAUUGCUGUUCAGAAGACGGAGCAAUCAGAACCGGGUUGUUCUGAACAGCAUCCAAUCAGAGUGGGGGGCGGGGCUAGUCCCUCACCUUUGGAGGGAUUUCUUUGUGUUCAGUUCUGGUGCUAGUUUGUUUUGGGUGAAUAAAGUUUGUUCCACAGCA